AUGACCUCGAUACUAACGAAGCUCGCGAUCUGGCUCUGGGGACCAGAUAGUAAGGAUCGAGCUUUGCUAGCAAAACUCGAUGUCACCCUACUUCCCUACUUCUCUUUGAUAUGGUUUCUAUUCGGCGUCACAAGGGCCAGCUAUUCUUCAGCCUAUAUCAGCGGUAUGAAAGAGGCACUCGGUUUCCAGGGAAAGGAAUACAACUACAUGAGCACCGCGUAUUUGGUGGUCUAUGCCGUUUGCCAAAUGCCAGGAACCAGUCUUUUGACUAUCGUGCGGCCAAAAUACGUUGUGGGUGCCCAUUUCAUUCUCGGUUCCUGGUAUAAGAGAUCUGAGCUCGGUAUAAGGGCUGCAGUAUUCUGCGUCUUUGGUCAUAUAGGGACGAUGGCUGGUGGCUGGAUCCAAGCUGGAUUGCUAGCAUCAUUGGCAGACAAGGGUGGUCUUCCUGCCUGGAAAUGGAUAUUCAUUAUUGUUUCUGUGAUGACUAUCCCCGUUGCAUUAUUCGGUACGCUCUCAACCCCGUUCGUCUAA